GCCGUCUCUGCGCUGACGUGAGUGCUUUUCUCGUUCCUCUCGGGGCCAAAAAACAAAAAGGAAUGACGGAGGAGGAGGUAGCGAUGGAGAUGGAAGCUGUAGAAGCAGUUUACGGCGAAGAAUGCGUCAUAUUGGAUUCUUAUCCUCCUCAUCUUCACCUCCACAUCAAGCCCCGUACCGCCGAGAUCUCUUCUCAGCAGUUUGUGGAAGCAGUUGUGAGAAUACAGGCAGGUUAUAAGUAUCCAGACGAGCCACCUCGAAUCAGCCUGAUCGAAUCCAAGGGUCUUGAUGAGCAAAGGCAAAAGCAUUUGAUGGGGUUGGUUCAGAAGAAAGCUUCUGAACUAUCAUCUUCUCUGAUGCUGGUAGAACUUUGUGAGGAAGCAGUUGAGAGGCUCACGAUUAUGAAUCACCCGGAUGGAGAUUGUCCACUGUGUUUGUAUCCGUUAUUCCCUGAGGAUGGCGGGAGUAAACAAAUGCCAUUUAUGAAACUGAUGUCUUGCUUUCAUUGUUUCCACUGUGAGUGCAUCAUUAGGUGGUGGAAUUGGCUUCAUACGCAGAAACAAGCUGAUUCAGAAAAUGUUGACACUUUACAUCUGCGUAGAGAAACAAGUGACCAAGAAGGUAAAUCUGGAUCAGCAGAUAAAAACUUGGGAAACUGUCCAGUGUGCCGCAAAGUUUUUCAUGCGAGUGAUAUUGAACAUGUUCUCGACUUAGUCGGUGGUGCUCAGUCAUUCCAAGAGGAUGCUGGUUUUAUACACGGUGAGGAUGAAGAUCCGCUGCUCCAGUCAGAUUCAGAGAACAUGAGAAGGGAGCGGUUUGAGGCUAUACUUAAGACACAGGAAGAAAAAGGUGGUCUGGUUCAACCGAAGAAAAACAUAUCAGUUGUGCCCGGUAUGUAUCUUCCUCCACCAGCUCCUGCGUCAUCUUCAUCAAACGAAGAAGAAGCCGGUCAAAGUCAAGAACGAGGAGAAGUAGAGCCCAAAGAAGCUGAAUCAGAGACAAACACUAGCAGCUCCACCAACAGGAGAGGCCGAGGCAGAGGCAGAGGCCGUGGCCGUGGACAUAAUGUCAACAGAAGUAAGCAGAAUUCGCAAGAUCCAAGGAAGCCGACGAAGCAAUGGGUGCAGAGAAGUUGACAAAAGUCAUGGAUUAUUUAAAUCUCGAGAGAGACGGACAUCAAAUUCCGACUCGAAACACAAGAUUAUACUUAAUAAAACUUAAGAUAUUGGGCCAAGAAUCUUUCGUUUUUACAACUUGUAAAUGCCUGUGAGCUUUUUUUUGGGUGGUUAGUGAGACGAAUGUGCUUGUCGGGUCGAUAUUGUCCACUGAAAUCAACCUCUGAUGAACAUUAAUAAUUUUUUCUCU